AUGGCUCCGCGCUGUUGGCGCUGGUGGCCUUGGUCGUCUUGGACUCGGACUUGGCUGCCUUCUUCCAGGAGCACCCAGAACUUCGGCCAGCACUUCUCCACACAGGAGCAGACCCCCCAGAUCUGUGUGGUGGGCAGUGGCCCAGCUGGCUUUUACACAGCCCAGCACCUGCUAAAGCAUCACUCCCGGGCCCACGUGGACAUCUACGAGAAACAGCUGGUGCCCUUCGGCCUGGUGCGCUUUGGCGUGGCGCCUGACCACCCUGAGGUCAAGAAUGUCAUCAACACCUUUACCCAGACGGCCCACUCUGACCGCUGUGCCUUCCACGGCAACGUGGAGGUGGGCAGGGAUGUGACUGUGCAGGAGCUGCGGGACGCCUAUCACGCCGUGGUGCUGAGCUACGGGGCAGAGGACCAUCAGGCCCUGGAUAUCCCUGGUGAGGAGCUUCCCGGCGUGUUCUCGGCCCGGGCCUUCGUGGGCUGGUACAAUGGGCUUCCUGAGAAUCGGGAGCUGGCCCCGGACCUGAGCUGUGACACAGCCGUGAUUCUGGGGCAGGGGAACGUGGCUCUGGACGUGGCCCGGAUCCUGCUGACCCCACCCGAGCACCUGGAGAAAACGGACAUCACAGAGGCUGCCCUGGGAGCCCUGAGACAAAGUCGGGUGAAGACGGUGUGGAUUGUGGGCCGACGUGGACCCCUACAAGUGGCCUUCACCAUAAAGGAGCUUCGGGAGAUGAUUCAGUUACCAGGAACUCGGCCCAUGUUGGAUCCUGCAGAUUUCUUGGGUCUUCAGGACAGAAUCAAGGAGGCCGCUCGCCCGAGGAAGCGGCUGAUGGAACUGCUGCUUCGAACAGCCACGGAGAAGCCAGGGGUGGAGGAGGCUGCCCGCCGGGCAUCAGCCUCCCGCGCCUGGGGCCUCCGCUUCUUCCGAAGCCCGCAGCAAGUGCUGCCCUCGCCAGAUGGGCGGCGGGCCUCAGGCAUCCGCCUGGCAGUCACUAGACUGGAGGGCAUCGGUGAGGCCAGCCGGGCAGUGCCCACGGGCGACACGGAGGACCUCCCUUGUGGGCUGGUGCUCAGCAGCAUUGGCUAUAAGAGCCGCCCCAUCGACCCCAGUGUGCCCUUUGACCCCAAGCUUGGGGUCGUCCCCAAUAUGGAGGGCCGGGUUGUGGAUGUGCCAGGCCUCUACUGCAGCGGCUGGGUGAAGCGGGGACCCACGGGUGUCAUCACCACCACCAUGACCGACAGUUUCCUCACCAGCCAGAUUCUGCUGCAGGACCUGAAGGCCGGGCACCUGCCGUCUGGCCCCAGGCCAGGCUCUGUGGCCAUCAAGCGCCUGCUGGGCAGCCGAGGGGUCUGGACCGUGUCUUUCUCGGACUGGGAGAAACUGGAUGCUGAGGAGGUGUCCCGGGGCCAGACCUUGGGGAAGCCCAGAGAGAAGCUGCUGGAUCCUCAGGAGAUGCUGCAGCUGCUGGGGCACUGA